UUGUUAUUGAAUGUAAUUAUUUUUGUUUGUAAGAUUAGGUGAUUGGCGCCAGUUACUUUUUCAUUGUCACGCUUCGUGAUGGCUCCUCCGGCUAAGACUGCUGUGGGCUCAAAGAAGGCUAAAGCACUAGAGUCCAUCAAUAGUUGCCUUGCAUUGGUAAUGAAGAGUGGGAAGUGUUCUAUUGGAUUGAGGCAAACACUACGCCUUCUGCGUAAAGGUGGUGCUAGACUGAUCAUUAUUGCCAACAAUACUCCUCCACUGAGGAAGACGGAGAUAGAGUAUUACGCAAUGUUGUCGAAAACCGGAGUUCACCACUACAACGGCACAAACCGCGACUUGGGAACAGCAUGCGGUAAAUACUUCCGAGUGAGCACACUGGCUAUCGAGGAUCCAGGUGACUCGGAUAUCAUCAGGUCUGCGCCCCAUGAGUCAGAAACCAAGUGAUUCUUUCAAUAAAUUUAAUUACUCUGGA